AUAGGCAUUAUUUUUUUAAUUACCAAACCUGCAUUAAUAUUCCAUAAACUCACUCUCUUCUCUCAUCAUCAAAUAUUCCUUCUAAAAAGCUCUCUCUACUACAAGCCAUGGCGGCCUCCGCCGCUAGCUUCCUAAGGUCACCGCCGCCGUCUUCACUCCAAGGUCUAUUCCUUCUCCUCAUAACCACCUCGGUUUUCUUCUUUUUAUACUCAUUUUCAAGCAUAAAACUUGACAAUAUUCAUCACCAAGAAGGCCUAAUUCACCCGCCUAAAGCUAUCCUACCUCUUCAACAGCCGCACCAGGCUGUGCAUAACCACCCUUUCAUCUCUCAAGAAUUAGUUAAUCAGCAAGUGAACGCUGUUCUUCCGGAGAAGGAAGUCAUCGCGGCGUCGAAAACACCAUUGCCAAAGGAAAAAAGGGAUCAUGAAUCAGUUGGAUCGCGCAAUGACGAUAAAGUUUACGAUGCAUUCCACGAUAGGGCCUUAUUCACAGAAGAGUACGCGAGAAUGAAGAAGAGAAUGAAGAUAUACACAUAUCCACAUAGCAAGAACGAGGCGUUCGCAAACGUGUUGCUCCCGGAGGAUUCUGAGCCAGGUGGCAACUACGCGAGCGAGAGCUAUUUCAAGAAAGCCCUCUUCGAGAGCCAUUUCCUCACAAAUGACCCUUCCGACGCGGACCUCUUCUACCUCCCCUUCUCCAUCGCCAGCCUCCGGCACGACAAGAGAGUAGGCGUUGGUGGGAUUAAAACCUAUGUCAAGAACUACGUUCGAGACAUUAGUCAAACCUACCCCUUCUGGAACAGGACAGGCGGCGCAGAUCAUUUCUACAUCGCCUGCCAUUCAGUGGGGCGGACGGCAAUGGAAAAAGCAGUCCAAGUUAAACUAAACGCGAUUCAAGUGGUGUGCUCCUCGAGCUACUUCUUGCCGGGCUACGUCUCCCACAAAGAUGCAUCCAUACCGCAAAUUUGGCCCAGGAAAGGCCCACGCCCAACACGCCCACCAUCACUCAGGCGGAAUCUAGCCUUCUACGCUGGAGCAAUGAACUCGAGAGUUCGAGAGUCUCUGGUGAAGACGUGGGGGAACGAUUCUGAGAUCUCGGUCCACCGUGCCCGGCUCAAGACGCCCUACUCGGAGUCGCUCUUGAGGAGCAAGUUCUGCAUCCAUGCUAAAGGAUUUGAAGUGAACACAGCUCGAAUAGGGGAUGCUUUGUAUUAUGGGUGUGUGCCUGUAGUUUUAGCAGACCACUAUGAUCUUCCAUAUGCAGACAUCUUGAAUUGGGAGAGUUUCUCGGUAGUUUUGUCGGCUUCGGACAUUCCGAUCAUGAAAAGGGUGCUUUUAGAAAUGAUUAGAUCAGGUGAGUAUUUGAGGUUGCAAGAGAAUGUUGUGAGAGUCCAGAAGCAUUUUCAGUGGCAUAGUAUGCCAGUUGAUUAUGAUGCGUUUUAUAUGGUUAUGUAUGAGUUGUGGCUUCGGAGAAGUCAUGUAAGUAUCAACACUUGACUUAUUUCUUUAUUUCAUUUGUUUGUA